UGAUUAGAUAAUUUUAUGGUGGUUACGAUCCUGUGGAGAACUGUGUUUUUGAAAUAGUGCCGUGAGAUCUUUUAUUGAAGGAGAAUGUGGAACUUAGUUUAAUAUAGUUUUGAAGAUAGGCCCUUUAGUGUAGCAGUCCCUUGGCACUGCAAUGCUUCCUUUGCACUGCCCGUUGGACUUGCAUAUAUAGUACAAUUUGCAGCAUAGAAACAGAUCAUGCGACCCAGCUCGUCUACGCAGCUGUUUGUGGUCCCCCCCAAACCCUUUACCACCUCCCUUCAUCUAACCAGUAUAUCCUUCUGAUCCUUACCCUCUUUAUCAAGCUUCCCCUUAAGUCGAUCUUUUUAUUCACCUCAACUACUUUGUGGCAGUGAAUUUCAAGUUAGAUUUAUUAAUGAUGGUCUUUUAUUUAUGGUGGUUAAAUCCUGCAGAAGUGUAGAUGUAAGUAUCUGCUCUCUCAAACCCUUUCACAAACCUUCAAAGCAGAGAAAUACAAAUCGAUGAUAUUUCCAUAAAGAGGAAAGAUGGGCAAUCCAAAGCCAGGCGUUCUUUGACAGGAAAUACACGUUAAAAUAAAACUGAAAAAGGAGGCAAAUGUCAAAUAUAAAAACACAAAAUCAGGCAAUGGGAAACUUGGAAAAAAGAAAUAAUAACAAAGAGCAUGGGAAAAGGUUAGCAGGCAAUGUGAAAUGUGACAUUUGUGGUGAGAAAGCUACUAGAAACUAUUAUCAAGCAUAAAAUUAAUUCUGAUUUGAAGCUUGGUCAAAUUUGUCGGUGAGCGUAGUGAUGGCAGGUAUCAGUGGGACAUCAACUGAUCCAACAGGAAGAAACGUGAUAAAUGCACAUUAAUGUAAACGAGCAUGAAGAGAUGCAUUUUGGGAAGAAUAACAAGUGUCUAUAAUCUAAAAAUCUAUCUUUCAAGGGAGAAAAAAUGCAAGAACAGAGGGACCCCUGUGUGUGGAUCUUUAUAGAUUACAGGUCAAACUAAUAAAAUGUGGAAAUUGGGUUAAUUUCCUUUUAAUAGGGAUAGUGUGUGCAGAAGCUCGAAACUAGUAAAACUAAACUUUUACUAAUCACUGCUUAGGCCUUAACUGCAGUAUUUUCUAUAGUUCUGGAUCCCACACCAGGAAGUUUAUUAGUGACUUAGAGUACAGAGAAGGCUUGCCAAAUGAUGCCAGGAAUGAAAGCUUGCAGUUGCAUGGAGAAAUUGAGAAACUGUUUUCUUCAAUAUUGUGGAGUGUGAUAUGGUUUGGGAAGAGUUGAUGGCAGAAGGAGUUCAUGUGAGAUUGAGGCUCGGGAGGUGUGGAGAUGGUAUGAAUCACUACUUUUCAUGAGAAGGAGAAGCCUCACACUUUGAAUCAUGUUUAAUUUUUCUGCUGAUAAUGUAAUUCUGUUUUAGAUCCUGAUUGUGUUGUCAGUGUUUACUGUCUCCAACAUUUUCUGCUGUGACUUUGUUCUGGGAUAUUCCUGUUAACAUUCUGUAAUCCAAUCUGUGAUAAUGAGAUGAUAGCAGUUGCUUGCUGUCAGUGUGCAGGGGAUCAGUGCUGUGAUCUGGAUUGGAGACCUACACCAGGAACAUCAUGGCAUCUGACCUCCAGUUGGUUGUGCACUUUGCCAUUUGUUCUAGAAUCCUGUCCAUCCUUUUCCAGAUGGUGUUUAAUUAUGUGAUACCUGACCACAGAGCAGAUGCCUUUCAAGCCCCCCAACUACGCAAUUUAAGCAUCAGUGACGAGGUGCUGGAGAUCCUGUUAAGUGGCUUUUCUCGCUGGGAUGCACAGCACUUUCUGUUUAUAGCAGAAUUUGGAUACAUUUAUGAGCAUAACUUUGCUUUUCUGCCAUUGUUUCCGGUGUGCCUUCGGGUAGUGGCAGACUUGGUGCUCAGCCCCCUACAACGCUUUCUCAAUCUCCACAGUCGACUGCUGCUUGCAGCAGUGUUGCUGAAUGCUGUGAUCUUUGUUCUGUCAGCUGUUGUUUUGUACCAUCUGGGUGUUGUUGUGCUCCGGGAUCGCAGGCUGGCCUUUCUCUCCAGCCUUCUCUUCUGCCUGACCCCAGCCAACGUCUUCAUGUCUGCAGCUUAUUCUGAAAUACGCUCCAAUGGCAUUGUAAAUGCAGGAUUUCUGCUUUACUCCCAGCUGAGGGUUUGCUCUUUGUAUGUGAGACACAAGACAAAGGUUAUGGAAAAGGACUCGUACAGAUCAUGGUUGAAUCUGAUCCUUCGAUCUGUGCUCUUAGUGGCUGCAGGAACGGCGAUGAUUGUGCUGCCCUUUGUACUUUUUCAGUAUUAUGGAUACCUGACAUUCUGUAAGUCAACUGUGAAUCCAGCACUGGACAUUCCUCAGCGUCUGCUGCAGCUAGCUGGCAACAAAGGUUAUCGUGUCCCUGAUAAGGAAACUGAUCCACCUGUCUGGUGCCAUCGCCAAUACCCCAUCAUAUACUCUUACAUUCAGGACACAUACUGGAAUGUGGGCUUCCUAAGAUAUUAUCAACUCCGCCAAUUGCCCAACUUCCUGCUGGCUUUUCCUGUUGUGGCUUUGGGAAUGUGGGCAGCCUGGCAAUAUGUGAUCAUUGAUCCCUGGUAUUGUGUACAGUUGGGUCUGACCCGCAGAAAGCUGUUGGAAAAGAUUGAACAGGAUAGCAAACUAUACUCCAGCUUCCAUACAGACCGAGUGUUUGUCUACGUCGUUCAUGCAACUCUACUGCUGGUAUUUGGCAUUUGUUUCAUGCACAUUCAGGUUCUAACUAGAUUCCUAGCCUCCUCCUCACCCAUCUUGUACUGGUUCUCUGCUCAUCUGCUCCAGAAAGUGGAGCCUGGACAUUUGGCUCAGGAUUCUGCUACCUCCAUUUACUGCAACAAGUUUGGGAUCUUUCCCAGAAACCAGCUCACUACUUUGCUGCAGGACUGGAGUGGCUACAGUCUAACUGCCCGCUGCAUCCUUGGAUAUUUUUUGCUGUACUGGUUACUUGGACUUGUCCUACAUUGUAACUUUCUCCCAUGGACUUGAUCACUGGGGAAGCUGCCUCAGCGCUGCCUGGUUCUUCCCACCUGUUGGUCUGCUGUAUUUCUAGAAUAGAUCCUCCUCAUUCUCUUCAAUGUAAUCCACGCUUUCCUGGCAUGGGGUGUGCUGUUGUGAGGAUUGAGAUCUGGGCCAAUAAAAGAAUAUUAGAAAUUGUAUCAGGAGUAGGUUAUAUGGCCCCUUGAGCUUGCUUCACCGUACUUUGUGAUAAUCCAUCACCCUAGCUCCACUCUCAUAUAAAAUUCUUGUAUCUUUAGAUUCACUUGCAAUCCUCCUCCAGUAAGGGGACCAAAUGUGUAUGCAGUAUUCUAGCUGCGGUCUCACUAAUACCUUUCAGAGUUGCAGCAACACUUCCCUCCCUUCAUACUCUAGUCCUUUAGCAAUAAAUGCCAAAAUUCAAUUUGCCUGCCUUUUGUACCUGAACACUGGUUUUGUGAUUCAUGCACAAGGACACCCAGGUCUCUCUGCACUGAAGCACUAUGAAGUUUAUCUCUAUUUAGAUAAUUUGCCUUUCUACUUUUCCUAACAACAUGGAUUACCUCACACUUAUCCAUGUUAAACUUCAUUAGCCAAAUUUUGACCCAUUCAUUUAACUUAUCUAUAUUCAUUUGUAAAUUUCUUAUUUCUUCGUUGCAUUUCUUAUUUUCUUAUUUUCCCACCUAUUUCAGUGUCUUCUGAAAAUUUACUGUAAUACCUAUAAUAUCCCUGCAUCCAAGUCACUAAUAUAAAUUGCAAAUUUGCAGUAUGCUGUGGCACCCACUAGUUACAUCUUGCUAAUCAGAAAAAGAUCCAUUUAUCCAGACUCUGCUUUCUCUUAGUUAGCCAGUCCUCUAUCCAAGCGAAUAAAUUACCCCCAACCCAUUGUGACCUUAUAUUGUGUGGCAUGUUAUCGAAUGCCUUCCAGAAGCCCAAAUAUACUAUAUCUACAGGAUCCCCAUUAUGUGGCUGGCACGGGAAGGUGAGUCAUGGACUGGGGGAAGGCAAGACCUCGAGUUUAAGCCCAGUGUGCUCUGGAGGCUAGGUGCUGGCACGGAUGGGAGUGAAACGACUAUAAAUAGAGUAUUUUUUUUCUUUUUA